AUGGUGACGGAGCAGGAAGUGCAGGCCAUCGGGCAGAUGCUGGUGGACCCCAAGCAGCCCCUGCAGGCCCGCUUCCGGGCGCUCUUCACGCUGCGAGGACUUGGCGGACCAGAUGCCAUCACCUGGAUCAGCCGGGCCUUCAGCGACGAUUCAGCCCUGCUCAAGCAUGAGCUGGCGUACUGCCUGGGCCAGAUGCAGGACUCCCGCGCCAUCCCAGUACUGGUGGACGUGCUGCGGGACACCUGCCAGGACCCCAUGGUGCGACAUGAGGCAGGGGAGGCACUGGGGGCCAUCGGGAACCCGGAAGUUCUGGAGCUCCUGAAGCAAUAUUCCACAGACCCUGUCAUCGAGGUGAGGCCCCAAGCCCCUCUCCCUGCCAGUCUCAGGUCUCUGGGAAGCUCUGCCUGGCCAGCGCCCUGGACCAGCCUGCAGCCCUGACCACCUGGGGCUGGGGCAGGGGGUGUCCUACAGACAGAGAGCUCUUUGGCCCUGGAUCCUCCGUCUCUUCUCCCCUCCACAUGUCCCUGCCCCUGAGCUGACCCCUGUUCCCCUCCUGCAGGCCUGCGCUGUGGCAGCGCUCUCUUCCGCCAUGAGGUCGGCUACGUCCUGGGCCAGCUGCAGCAUGAGGCGGCCGUGCCCCAGCUGGCAGCCACCCUGGCCCACCUGGCUGAGAGCCCCAUGGUGCGGCACGAGUGUGCUGAGGCCCUGGGUGCCAUCGCCCGGCCUGCCUGCCUGGCAGCACUGCGGGCCCACGCGGCCGACCCUGAGCGCGUGGUACGGGAGAGCUGCGAGGUGGCCCUGGACAUGUACGAGUACGAGAAUGGGCCGGCCUUCCAGUACGCCGACGCGCUGCAGCAGCUGCGCCCGCCCCCCUCCUAGAUGCCCCCUGCCCUGCCCCGGCUUGGGCCGGCCUGGCGGGGGCUUUCUGGGGACUCCCUGGGGCUGCUGCUCUCUGUAGGACUUUGGCGUCUAUAAACUGGGUUUGUGAAUCGGAUCUCACUUCCCUCCCAUCUGUCUUGACUCUUGCUGGGUGCAGGCAAGCUGUGCCCCCUCCUCAUGGCUGUUCCCCUGCCUGGGACUGUUUGAUGCUUUUGCAUCCUGACUCCCAGAGUCCAUUGGAAGCCCCCCAGGGCCUGGCACAGGGUGGCCUGUGGAAGUUUCCAGGCAUGGGAGUUGGAUGCUGGGAAAUGGUUUGGGAUAUCCAGCUUGGCACAGGGUGUCUUAGGAGGGAACCCAGGGGCAGAGCUGGGGCUCGUGGAAAAGGUUGGGGUUACAGAGGCUCAGGCUUCACUAGGUAUGGGGAGCAGGGUCUGGGGACUUCUAAUACCCCACCCUUGGGGCCUGGGCAGGGAUGGGGAGGUGGUCCCUGAGUGGGCUGGAUUAGGGGCUGGGGAGCGACAAGCAGACCCCAGGACACUGCCCAAAUGGAAUAUUAAAUUAUUUUUGCCAAGUGA